CAUGCGCAAUCGAAGGACUGACUGAGCUUUGGAGAGGAAGCAAGGACUGGAGUGUGCAGGGUGAAGAAGAGGCGUCAUGGCUGCUGUCGUUCCCCGGACCAUUUGCCCCGGUACAGAUGUAUUCGCCACUCGCCACGGCUCCUUCAUCGUUCGCUCCGACCUGGGUUGCUACCUUCAAGUGCUGGACUUCUCCUCAGGGCAGGACAUCAAGGUGUGGGAUCUGCACCCAGCCUGCCGUGGCAAAGGCCACUAUGUGGGAGACCCCACCAGUUCUGACAUCUACCUCCUCGAUGGGGACUCCUUUUGCAAAGUGCUGGACUUGAACUCAGAGCCUCCCUCCAACACCUUGCCUUUGCACCCCAGCUGCCAAGGAGGUGACCAUUACGCCUCCUGUGAGGGCCGUUUCUUCAUCUUCUUUCUCAAGCGUGGCGUGGCCCUCUCCGUGGCUGACCUUUCCACUGCGGCUGCAGCAAAGGAGGUCUCCUUGGAAGGCCCGCUUCUGGAUGGGUUGUAUUAUUACGGUGCCAACGCCACCCAGAUUGCUUGCUUCGGGAUGAACGAGGGCCGCCUUUGUGGCCAUCUUCUUGCCACAACGGGAGACAAGGAGACCUUCUCAAUCCACCCUGAUGUGGUUUGUUUCCUCCCUGGAGGCCUGGCUCUCAUUCACGGGCCGGCUUUCGGUGCCUGGGAGUGUAUCAAACUGAUCUCCAACGCCACCAACAUGCCCAUGCCCAGCAGCCACGAAAUCACCCGGCAGGUUGGCUACAUCAAGUCGGCUUUCGGUCCAAAGUACCAGGAGUGUGGUGCUGCCGAUUCCAACUCCUUGACCAUCUCGCUUCUGCAAGCCCAGUUCUCCCUCCCUGCCGUUUAUGGCGGGAUGGGAGUGCAGACCGAACAGGAAGAAUGGGAGGCGGUGGCCGAAGAAGGGGAACCUCUCCGGGUGAUCUUGCAACCCAGGCAGAAGCUCUACUGGUGGCAUUACCGGCUGGGCUUUGGCGAAGAAGCCGUGCUGUUUUGCCGGGCGCUUAAGAUCACCCGCAGCCCUUCCCCGCCUACGCAUAUACCCCUUCCGCUGGCCCAUUCUUGACAGGAGAACUGAGCAGCGAGAAAGUAACAUCUUUUUUGCUUGGGAUGAAAAUUAAAAGGUGCAAAAUCCUGUUAUAU